CAAAAAUGAAUAAAUUUGCAACGGAUGUACUGUACAGAGUAGUAUACCGGGGAGAUAUCGAAGAAGCUUCGAGCACGAGAAGCGGAAAGAUUUAGGAGUUUUUCGAGUAUCGAGUUCACGCUCGGAAAUCUAUCAGCCGCAAAAAUGGGCGAUAAGCGGAAACGGAGCCAGUUACUGGCUGAAGAUGAUGCGGUUGAAGUUGCGGAAGUGAAACAGAAGAAACCCAAGAAGAGCGACAAGGAGAGGAAAGGAGAUAAAUCAAAGAAGGAGAGGAAGGAAAAGACAGGAAAGAAGCAGGAUGACGAGGAAGUUCAGGACAAUGUUGAGGUUAAUGGCCUGGGCACGGAUGCUGAAAUGAAGGAUAUUGAUGAGGCGAUCCCAUUGGUAAAUGGUACUGCAGGAGAAGAAGCUGAGAAUAAGGCGAAAGAGGCGAAGAAGGGGAAAAAGGAGAAGAAGGGAAAGAAGGAGAAGGAGAAGAAGGAAAACAAAGAAAAGAAAGUUAGGGAAGCCGAUGAAGUGGUGGAAGAGAGACAAGAUAAGAAAAAGGAGAAGAAGGAAAAGAAGGAAAAGAAGGAAAAGAAGGAAAAGAAGGAAAAGAAGGAAAAGAAGGAAAAGAAGGAAAAGAAGGAAAAGAGGAAGGAUAAAAAGGACGUAGAAGGCAAGGAUAAGUUGUCAAAGGAGGGUGAGGAGAAGGGGGAGGGGGAGCAGGAAGCAGUGCCAGGAAAUUUAGAGAAUCAGGAGAAGAAAAAGAGCAAAAAGAGCAAGGAUAAGAAGGAAAAGAAGCGGAGCAAAGAUAAGAAAGAUAAAGAGGGCGUUAUGCUCCCUGAACACGGGGACAUGACCGAAAAACCCGCUGCUGUUGAAACUGAUGCUGCUGAGGUGAAUAGCGUUGAUAAAACUAUCGAAGGGACCAAUGGACACGAUGAAGAGAAGAAAAGCCAAAGAUUCAUUGUAUUCAUUGGUAACUUGCCGUUCCAAACAACUCUGGAAGCCGUGCAAAAACACUUCGCAAAAAUCGACCCCAGCCAUGUCCGACUCCCCAGUGAGAAAGGCGGGAAGAAAGGCCGUGGCUUCGCCUUCAUCGAAUUCGACCAUUACGAUCGCAUGAAGACGUGUUUGAAGCUGUACCACCACUCCUUAUUCGAUGAUGGCAAGAAUCCUGCCAGGAAAAUCAAUGUUGAAUUGACUGCUGGUGGUGGUGGCUCGAAAUCCGAAACUCGUAAAGCGCGCAUCGUGGAGAAGAAUACAAAACUCUCGGAACAACGUGCUCGCGCAGCAAAAGAAGCUCUGAAACAGAAAAAUAAAGCCGAUGCUGCUAAGCCGGCUGAUGAUGCAGAGGCAGCGCCAGUGAAGAACGAUAUGGACGAUGUGCAUCCCACUCGGAGGAGAUGGGUUCCGGGUCCCUGA